AGCUCGUUCGGAGAGGACGUGUCGCGUCCGUGUCUAAAGGCGGGAAAUUUGAACGUGUGUGUGAAAUUUGACUUUUUUUUAUCGGAUUGAUUGUGUUGUGCUGAAAUUUAUUGCGUGUGCUAAUGGAAUUUGCGGAUGAAUAGUAUGAAAAAGAAAAGAUUAAGCAAUGAAAAAGUACCUCAAGUUCAAAUUGAAGAUAACAUCCCGAUGAAAAUGUGGUAGAGACGCCGAUAUGGACACGUUGAGUGUGGUGACAUCUCUGCUAAGUCUCAUCUUCUACCUCAAUCUAGUGGAAGGAGGACUUAGCGAUGAUUCAAUGAGCGGGGAGGCUCCUUACAUUAUAGAGCAGCCUCUAGACGUAACCGUCGCUCGUCACCAACCAGCUACGUUGAACUGUCGAGCUGGAGGCUCACCUCCCCCUAACAUAAAAUGGUACAAAGGAGGGACCCUAGUUGUAUCUGAUACGCACAGAAGUUUGUUGCCUGCUGGCGAUCUGUUUUUUCUGAGGGCUACACAUGGCAGAGCCCAUUCAGAUGCUGGAGUAUAUUGGUGUGAAGCAACGAAUCAGUAUGGUACAGCGAGAAGCAGAAACGUCAGUUUACACGUUGCAGUGCUCCGUGAAGAGUUCAGACUAGAGCCGGCAUCCACUCAGACCGCACAAGGCGAGACCAUCAUUCUGGAAUGUUCACCACCAAGAGGUGCUCCUGAACCUAAUGUCUAUUGGAAGAAAAAUGGCCAAGUUCUUCAUUUUGAUGGUGAUGCAAGAAUGCAUCUAGUAGACGGCGGAAGUCUCGUAAUACAAGAUGCGAGGCAAACCGACGCUGGACGAUACCAAUGCAUCGCAAGGAAUGCAGCGGGUACAAGGGAAUCUGCAGUCGCUACGCUCAAAAUACACAUUAAGCCGUACUUAAUCACGGGUCCUGAGGAUGUGGUGGCGCAGACUGGCGGCAGCGUGACGUUCCAAUGUCGGGUGGGUGGGGACCCCCUGCCCGACGUGCUGUGGCGACGGACUGCUGGAGGUGGAAACAUGCCUCUCGGUCGUGUCAAAGUCCUCGAUGAUAGAAGUCUGAGACUCGACAAUAUCAUUUUGGGCGACGAGGGCGAAUAUACCUGUGAAGCCGAAAAUUCCGUUGGUGCUGUUAGUGCUAGUGGAUACCUAACUGUAUACGAUCCACCAACAAUAAAAUUAAGGCCUAAUUCAGUUAUUGCCGAAAGCGGUUCAGUGGCAACUUUUACGUGCAUAGCUACAGGCAGGCCAGAGCCAACCAUGUUUUGGAGUUUAGAGGGAAAUAGGACCAUUAUAUUCCCUGGCACAACACGAGGCAAAUAUCAUGCGUCAGAAGUAUCAGACGGAGUUACGAUACUCACUAUCAACGAUACCAAUAAAAAUGAUAGCGGACAUUCGAUAGUUUGUUCUGCGGUAAACUUUGCCGGCAGUUCGUUUGUGAGAGGGAAACUAAGCGUGACGUCAGACGAUGACCGCCCACCACCAAUCAUAACAAAUGGACCCUCUAACCAAACGUUACCUAUAAAAUCGAUGGCUGUUUUCCCCUGCACAGCGGUCGGCACACCUGAACCAAUCAUUGCUUGGUAUUUCGAAGGGGAAGCAGUUAUACAAAAUCACAGAAGGAAUGUCUCUAAUGAUGGGACCCUAAUAUUGAAGGAUUUAGAUAAAACAGAUAGCGGCACGUACACUUGCGUCGCUUCAUCUGAACACGGAAAGUAUGUUUGGAGCGGUGUCUUACUUGUAGACAGUCCAAUAAACCCCAACAUACACUUUUUCCGUGCGGCCGACGUGUCAGCAUUACCCGGUCCGCCUACAAAGCCUCAAAUUUACAAUGUCACAGACAAUAGCGUAACAAUAAGUUGGAAUCAGAACAAUAAAAUUGGAUCAUCUUCCAUUUUAGGAUAUCAAGUAGAAGUAUUUUCUAGAGAAACUUUAUUGGGAAACAAUACGCCGAGAAACUCUCGAGGUUGGGUACCUAUCGCAAAGAGAGUACAUCAAACACAUUAUACAGCUAAGUCGCUUAUACCUGGAGUAACUUACAUGUUUAUAGUUCGAGCUGAAAACUCGCACGGGUUGUCUGCUCCGAGCCCAGUCUCUGACUCGGCUACUGUCGGCGAAGACGCAAACUCUUUGUGGCAAAGCGGAGUGUACGCCAACAAUACGGAAUACCGAAAUAACAUUUUGACUGAUAACAUAGUCGAGUUAAUUGAAGCUACCCCAAUUGAUGCAAGAACAAUAAAGCUCAUGUGGGAAAUACUGAACUUCUAUCACUUGGAGGGAUUAUUCAUAUAUUUCAGACCCCUAGACAAUAUCACUACUGAAUACGAGAUGAAAACUAUUCUGCAUUCCAACGACGUAUCUGGAUAUGAAAUUACUUCUUUGAGAAAAUAUACAAAAUACGAGUUUUUCCUUAUCCCUUUUUAUAAGAGAUUUGAGGGAAAGCCUUCCAAUUCUAGGGCGGCUCAAACAUUGGAUGAUGCCCCAGAUGGUCCUCCAAUCAAUAUUGAACUAUUUAUUUUGAACACGACGACUGUACAUUUGAAAUGGUCGCCGCCAGAGUCGCAUUUACAAAAUGGUGCAAUAACAGGGUACAAUGUGAUUGUCAACUGGUUGGACAUUCCUGCUAACAAAUCUAUGGUCGCAAUAAACACUACUGUGCACCAAGCCACGAGCCUUAUUAUGACCAAUUUGACUUCGGGAGUGAGUUAUUCUGUGCAAAUUGCCGCUCAAACCAUAGUGGGACUUGGUCCGUAUAGUCAAAAAGUGUAUUUAAAUAUCGAUUCUCGUUCCGUCGGACUGGAUCCACUGUCCAGAUAUCCCAUGAACGGUGACGUAUCCAUAGUCGCUGGGGAUUUCGUGAUGGAAACAUGGUUUUACUUUUUGAUUGGAGCUAUCGUGUUGUUCAAAAUAAUUGUGAUUGGCGGCAUAAUUUACAUUCGGAAAAACAAUAUUUUCGCUAAGAAAUCUGCGCUCCCUAAUAUUUAUGAUUCAAAUGGCACGAGUUUAGUCACACAAAUGAACAUAAAAGCGGCGGUGUCUUUGUCACAUCCGUUAAGUAGUUGUUACAAUAAGAACACAGUGACUAAAACUGAGUCAUUAUUGUGGAUGGAGAAUCAACCAGGACUGUGUAUGUCUGGUAACCAACCGAAUCAUAGCAAAGAGAAAGUUAACUCUGAAUACGAUAAAGUGACUCAACAAUUGCCGGAAUAUGCAGAAGUGACGUCAGCUAGGGCCAAUCCAAAUGACUGGAAUACUAGCAAAACUGCGAAUUCUCCAGCAGCGUAUGCGUCGGUCACUCUUGUUGCGAAUACCAGGCAGUGUGUCAGUUCAUUGGGUUGGUUUCCACCUGGAGGAAAGAAUGUUGAUAACUUUGACAAUCGAUAUGCACCAGAUGAAGAAUUAUAUCCAGCUAGCAAUGGUGGAUAUUACAAUCGCAACGUCUACAGUGAAAAGUAUUUCCAAGGACAUCCAAACGUUCUGAAAUUCUACGACUUGCCGUCUUUAGAUAAGACACAAAAGGUUCAAUUAAGAUACAACCAGAGUCUAGACGAAAGAAAAGGAGAGAAAACGAAGACAGAGGUUACUCAGUCGCUAAUAGGACGAACUUACGGGGUCAAUUCGAGGAAAAAUUCUGAAACUGAAACAACCUACAGAGCAUUUGGCGAAGACGAGUCUGAUGAUGAAACUUACGCAGAAGAUGGUGGAUAUGAUGAGCUGCAAGCCAUGCAGCCGCAGAGACAACGAUCUCAGCAUCAAUAUGAGAGGCCUAACUUUGAUAUUGAUGGGUCGAGGACGAUAUCUCGACUGACAUCAUUUAGACAUGGCCAGGGGAGUCUUGGAGCGCCGCCGUCUCAGCUAUCCUUAGCCCCGACACACCCACCCCCUGCCCCUCACACGAGAGCUGACUCCAUAACACGGUAGUAUCACGCUUUGCCGGUUUUCGGCGACCUGUGCCAAACGGACGUAUAGACCGAAGUUUUCCUAAAUUAGUGUAGUGAUGUCACAAAGUAAGAUCGCAGUUCUUCCUCACGUUGUACAGAUCGUUGUGUAAAGAAUUUUGUGGUCAGUGCGAUGUUUUGUUACUUUUACAUUUUUCAAGACUGAAGCCUAUGUGAAUGAACUGAGUGAACAAAAAUAGGCCUAAUAGCCGCGGUCUAAGUGUAGCACAAUACAAUCGAUUGAUAUCUAUAUUUAAUAUAUUUUCUUUUAAUUUUUAACUUUUGUAACUAGUCUUUGUAAAGCUAUAUUUCGAGUACUGAAUUAAUUCGACAAACUAGAAUGUCAAAAAUUGUUGAACACUUUCAUAAUGUCAUUCUGCAAAUUUUAAAUUGUGGACAUGUGACAUUUCUUAUUUUGCUCUUUUAAUUAGGUACCUUUUGUAAAUAAUGUAAAUAGUAGUUAUGUAUGACCCUAAUGUUUAAAAUCUUAUUGGGAACGAUAUUAUCAAUUCUGAUAGAUGUUUAUAAUGUUAUUAUUGGAUUUGAUAGAAUUCAAUUGAUAUGUCCGUCUUAAUAUCAAUAAACGAAUUUGUAAUCGUUAUAUCAUUAGGUUAAGGAAGCGAAUAAAAAAAACCUAGAAACAAAUUAACGCUUGGCAAUAAAUUAAAAAUACUUACAUCUUAAAAAUUAAUGUAAAUAGGUCAAAACAGUUGUGGUAUUUUUUUUAAUAUCUUUUAAAUGGAUUAUAAGAAAUGAUAGUAAAAUCAAUAAGAAUUUUAAAUACAAAUGAAAUAGUUCAACCGAAUUAAAAUAUUUUCAUUUCGUUGAACUAUUCUAAAUAAUUUCUUAUAUUCUAAUUUAGAAGGUUAACAUCACUUUUAACUUAUUGGUAUAAAUUAUUUUAUUUAAGUAGUAACAAAAACUUAAAAUAUUUGAUUGUGUUAUUUGAUUAGAUUAAAAUUAGUAUUAUUUUACGUGCCAUAGAAUCUCUAGUUAAUGAUAAUACACAUAGAUUGGAGUUGUGAGUAAAAUUCAGAGAAAGCUUUUACGAAAAAUGAAGUUAUAAUCUACGUAAUAUAAUGUGAUAUGAGUUUAUAUAGCCACUUGUUAUUAUGAAUAAAUAGCACGACUUGUAUUAUUGCAUAUCAUCUGUACUAGGCAUCUAAUAGUUAAACAUGUUAUAAAAUGGGCGAUAACAUAUAUAAUAUUUACUUACUGUAGUAUAUUCAUAAUAUGAUAUUAAAUGCAGAAAUAAUACUAAACGAUUGUUCUAAUAAGUUGUUUAAAAACAUAUUUAGCAGGUCUAUAACUAAUAUACAUUCCUGCUUAAUUAUUAUUAUUUUUAUAUUAUGUGUAUUUUUUUUAUUCAAAUGUCACUUAAUUGUCACAUAUAUAAAUUAUUUUGUGAUUCUCCGAAUUGAUUAUGUAUAUGUGGUCGCCCAAAUCAUUAUUUUGUAAAUAUGUAAUAAAAGUUGAUUGCCUUUUAUACUUCGAUAUAUAUAUCUUGACUUUGAAUAUUUAUUUUCAAACUUGGAUACCUUGCUUGGUUUUUAGAAAAAACGUGCCAUAGAUAUUAGCUACUAGGAAGGCCGAAUAAUCUCUAGUUCCUAUUUUCGCACUUCUGGCUAAAUUAUGGACGUAUUAAAAUCGCACGGAAAGUUAUUGACAAUACUUAAAAAAUGACAGUCUAAGUAGUAGAAUAGUUAUUUAAACUUUGUAUGUAUGUGAUAAAGAAAGUAAACAGUCAACAGCACCUCAACCUAUCCAAUAUCUUUGACCUGUAUUACCACCACACAGAGUUGUAAAGCACACAUGAAUAAGUUGGAAAGCGGAACCUAGGAUCGACGCUCAAUGGCUGAUGAAGGAAUCGGGAAAACGCUCAAAUGAGAAAAAUAAAUUUAUUGCGGUUGACUGUACAAUAAAAUAAAGAACUAAAUUAAAAUUAUUGACAAAGCGUGCGUUUUAAUACAUCUUGAAUGCUUCGUAGAACACGUAUUGACAGUGUUCACAACUAUGUAUUAAAUGUCUGAAACUAUUGUUUAUACGCAGAAUUGUUAAACAUUUCACUAAUCUUAUAGGAAUUUAUAACCUAAAUAAGGUUUUGUGUCGCUAACCGCCUGCUUAGUUGCAAAUUACAGUAUAAAAUGUAGCAAGGUGUCUUAACAUUUUUUUAUAAAUUCAAAUCAUGCAAAGAACUGAUAAAAUGUGAAUGUUUGUGAUUGUGGCAAUUUUUUAUUUCUUAAUAAACUCUUUUAGAAUUUAUAUUCUAAAAUAUAAGUUUUAAUUUAAUGCCAUCUACCAUAUUAUAUGUAGCAAGUUUUGGUAAUUAACUACAUAUAUAUAUUUAAAAAAAUAGUUUCGCCACAAUACUAAACAAUCAUUUAAACCCUAUUUUUGUGUACGUGUUGAACCACUCAUGAAAAUAGAAUAUUCGAGAUAAUAUACAAAAAUCUUUAAUCGGAUUCUAAUUUUUGUAUUUAUUCUUUGAAACCUAUUUUUAAUAAAAUAA